UGAACUCGUGCCAUUGUAGUGACUCAUCUCGGGCAGAGCGCAGGGGCUCCGAGCGAAGCGACGGGCAAGUGAACGGCGCUCGGCGGGCCGGGGAGAGAGGCAGAGAGGCGCGGCCGGGCGAGGCGGCCCGUCCCGGAGCGGGCGCCGGGGAAGGGGUGCAGUCGGGCGCCGCAGCGGCGGUACGGGCAGCGGGGCCGCGUCCUUCUCAGCGCCAGCUCGGCUGGAACCGCGCGGGCCGGGCACGGGCUACCUUCUUCCCGCAAGUGUCCGAGCCGCUCCGAAACUCCGGCGGCGAGUCGGCCACAGGAAGUUUAUUCUCAGCUCCUUUUCUAAAAGGAGGAAAUAGAAGUUUCUCCCGGCGGGCAGCCUUUCUUUUCGCCUUUUUUUUUUUGUUUUGUUUUGUUUUGUUUUGUUUUUUCUUUGCCUUGUCUGAAAUCGGGGGGCCCCCGGACCUGGCAGUCGUGAUCCGCCGGGCUCUUAUUCUUUUUUUUUUUUUAAUUUUCAGUUUUUGAUCGGACCGGCUGUCCCGGCUGGGCUCCGACUGCGCGCGGGAGCGGGAGGGCGCGCGCAGGGGAGGGACCCAGGGACGCGCGGACUUUUAGAGGGAGGGACUGGGGGGCCUGCCGGUCCCGCGGCGCUCGGAGGGCAGGAAAGCAGCGCAGCGCGAGGCGCUCGGGAGGCACGGUUCCCGGGCUGUCGCCGCCUCCCGUCCGCACCCGCCACCGUCGGGGAGCAACCCGGGAGCGAAGACCAGAGCCCGAGGCGCGGCCGGCAGGGAGCGAGCCCGCAGCAGCCGGUGCGCGGCCGCGGCGAGGGCGGGGGAAGAAAAACACCCUGUUUCCUCUCCGGCCCCCACCGCGGAUCAUGUACCAGGAUUAUCCCGGGAACUUUGACACCUCGUCCCGGGGCAGCAGCGGCUCUCCUGCGCACGCCGAGUCCUACACCAGCGGCGGCGGCCAGCAGAAAUUCCGGGUAGAUAUGCCUGGCUCAGGCAGCGCCUUCAUCCCCACCAUCAACGCCAUCACGACCAGCCAGGACCUGCAGUGGAUGGUGCAGCCCACGGUGAUCACCUCCAUGUCCAACCCGUACCCUCGCUCGCACCCCUACAGCCCCCUGCCGGGCCUGGCCUCUGUCCCCGGGCACAUGGCACUCCCGAGACCCGGUGUGAUCAAGACUAUUGGCACCACUGUGGGCCGCAGGAGGAGAGAUGAGCAGCUAUCGCCUGAAGAGGAGGAGAAACGCCGAAUCCGGAGGGAAAGGAACAAGCUGGCCGCAGCCAAGUGCCGAAACCGCCGCCGGGAGCUGACGGAGAAGCUGCAGGCGGAGACAGAGGAGCUGGAGGAGGAGAAGUCAGGCCUGCAGAAAGAGAUAGCCGAGCUGCAGAAGGAGAAGGAAAAGCUGGAGUUCAUGCUGGUGGCCCACGGGCCUGUGUGCAAGAUCAGCCCCGAGGAGCGCCGAUCGCCCCCCGCCUCCGGGCUGCCGGCCCUGCGCGGUGGGGGCGGGGGAGUGGGUGCCGUGGUGGUGAAACAGGAGCCCCUGGAAGAGGACAGCCCCUCCUCCUCAUCGGCGGGGCUAGACAAGGCUCAGCGCUCUGUCAUCAAGCCCAUCAGCAUUGCUGGGGGCUUCUACGGGGAGGAGCCCCUGCACACACCUAUCGUGGUGACCUCCACGCCAGCCAUCACUCCAGGCACAUCGAACCUCGUCUUCACCUACCCCACCGUCCUGGAGCAGGAGUCGCCUGCGUCACCCUCCGAGUCCUGCUCCAAGGCUCACCGCAGAAGCAGUAGCAGUGGGGACCAGUCAUCAGACUCCUUGAACUCCCCCACCCUGCUGGCUCUGUAACCCAGCUCCCGGGGGGUCCUCGUCACUGCCUCCUUCCCAGGGACCAGCACCUUCAAGUGCUCCAGGGCCAUGAGGGCAAGAGGGGGACCCUGCCAGAGAGCUGCCCGGCUCUGGGGAGACCUAGGUGGGAUUUUGCUGGAGGACUUCAGCGAUCUCUUAGAAGUCAUGGGACCUCCUCCCUUGUUCAUCUUGCAAAGCAAAUCCUGUUUCUUGAAAAGCCUUGGAAAACUCGGUUUGGUGGACUCAGGCAUCUCUCCGGCUUCUGAAGAGCCUGCGGCUGGUAUGGACCGUUCCUGUCCCUUUGUUACGCUACGUCUCUGGAGUGAUGGUGUCCUUCCCCGCCCCACCCAGCAUGCUCAGUGCCUUUUGGUUUCACCUUCCCUCUACUCACCUCUUCCUCCCCCCAGUGUCAAUUUCACUUCCUCUUGGUUUUUAUCAGAUUUGCCAUGACAUUUCAUCUGGGUGGUCUGAAUAUUAAAGCUCUUCGUUUCUGGA